AUGAAUCAAUCACAAUCAAUUCGCACUUCUUUUGACAAACAAUCCGAGAAAGAAAAAAGUGAGUCUCGACGUCGCUUAAGUGCUUCAAUCGAUGCGGCAAGAUUUCUUUUGAGACUAGGUUUGCCAUUUCGUGGGCAUGAUGAGAGUCAAUCUUCUACAAAUAGAGGUAUUUUUCUUGAGCUUUUGCAAUGGUAUGGAGAUAUUGAUCGGGAUGUUGGAAGCAUUAUAUUAGAAAAUGCUCCAAGAAAUGAAAUUAUGUGUUCUCCAAGUAUUCAAAAAGAUAUUGUUGAUGCUUGUGCUAAAGAAACAAUCAAAGCUAUCAUUGAAGACCUGGAUGGGGAUUUUUUCGAGAUACUAGUUGAUGAAUCAAAAGAUAUAUCACACAAGCAGCAAAUGGCACUUGUUUUGAGAUAUGUUAACAAAGAAAGCGAAGUCAUAGAGAGAUUUGUUGGUAUUGUUCAUGUUAGUAAUACAUCGGCUAUGUCGUUGAAAAAGGCAAUCUGCUCUUUUCUUUCUGAUCACUCAUUAAGUCCAACGCAAAUACGUGGGCAAGGUUAUGAUGGGGCUAGUAACAUGCAGGGAGAGCUAAAUAGUGUUAAGACUUCGAUUUUGAAUGAGUCUCCAUCAGAAUAUUGCAUUCACUGUUUCGCUCGCCAAUUGCAAUUAACACUUGUGGCUCUUGCAAAGAAGCAUUCAGAUGUAGAUGACUUUUUUUGUAUAGUUACUAAUGUCUUAAAUAUUGUUGGAGCAUCUUUUAAGCAUAGGGAUUUGCUUCGAGAAUAUCAAGCUGAAAAGUUAGAAGAAUAG